AUGGCGUAUACUGUUGAUGGCGAGAGCCUCUCCUUGCGAGAUGUGCAGGUGGAAGCGAGUGCAUGCUGGUGUGGAAACCCCGCUUUCUUGACAGGCCUAGAGACAGGCCUAGAGGGCUUCUCUCCCUCUUCUCCUCUUUCCUUUCCCGGUGGGAAUGCUCGCGGCCUUGUUGGAAGUCUCUGGUUCACCGUCGUCUUUGCAGACUUGGAUCUGCGUCGGGCGGAUCGUGUCAUUGACGAUAUCGGCCUGGCCUUUCCUCCUGACUCGUGGUAUUAUGGUUGUCGCGAGGAUCAUCUCCGCGUGCUAGAGUACGGCCGUGAGAUGGUGCACUCCUGCCUCGUGAUCCUUGUUGGCUGUGCCUCCCACGGAGUGGAAGUCAUUCGCAACGGCGUGCAGAAGCUGAUCGGCCUGCAGAUGGCGCACGCAGCCACCGUCACCCUUGCCCCCAUAUUUUCGGUGAUAGCUUCGUGGGUGCAGGCCCGCAUUGCAUUCAUCAACGCCGCCGGGAAGGGUGCUUCAGAGCAUGGACUGAAGCGAGGCGUCUUCGGCUAUGGCGGCAUCUUGGCGGUCUUGAGGUUCCAGUUCGGCUCCGCGUCCGAGCCCCUGGUAACGGAGAUGGCACUUGCCAAACAAAUAUCCGACGAGGAGGAUGGCAUCAUAUGCGGUGGCUUUGCCCCCAUGCUUGUAGACUCGGAUGGAACAAGAGGGACGAUCUACGUGGCAACAUCAGAUCAUUCUUCGCUUGGUCACGCCAACACCCGAAACACAUACAAACAGUACCCGUUGGGCCACCCCGACCGGAGGGAGGUGCUUGAGCGGAGCGAGAUCUGA